AGUAAGGGGUAGUAUGUAAUAUCGUAUAAUUCUUUCCUUUUGCUAAAUGGUAUAAAGUCAAUUUUAACUUAAAUUCUGAACCUAAAUUAAAUGUACAUGUCCGUUAUCCAGUAUCUUGUGUGGUGUCCUAGUGUUGUCAUGGUAACAGCAUUGGUGCAUGACAAAAUAUUAUUUGUAGUCAAUUUAAUUUCUAUAGAGCUUCAUUUACUUUAGAUUAUUGGUUUAAUUACUUUAAAAAUGUUACUGAAAGUUUCACCUAAAAACAUUGUGAACGUAUCCCUAAAAAGACUUUGACACAUUCUUAUUCGUAAAAUGUCAUAUUGAGAAGUCAUUAUAGUUAUAGGUUAAGUUAUCUAUUAUUAGUAAUAAAAUGUAAUUGUAACUUAAAUUACCAGUGUUAUUGGUUUCAAACCAAACAUGACAACUUCUCCUACCAGGACCAAACAAAAAUUAUCUUUGCGUAAACGCUUAUUUGUUAAGAAAUCACCAAGGGUUGGCUGCUAUGUUGAUACUGAUUCCAAUGACGAAUUUAGUCAGUCUACGUCUCGUCCAAUGUCCCCCGCAGAUCCUUUCCUAGCACAGAGUGCACAGUCUAAUGACCUGAACACAGAAAAAACAAACCGGACAAAUCUGGGCGUAGAACUAAACACAAGCAGUAUUAACCAAUGUAGUGAUAACUGUAGCAUCGAUGAUGAAAAUAAUCCUAAAUGUUGCAAAACAUUCUUCAGAAAAUCACGGCCCAGGAGCUUGGCAGAUGGGCCUAAUUCUAAGAAUGGGUCAAAUUCUAAACCACCUAGUCCAUUGAAUACUUCUAGCAACAGUUAUAGUGAUCAAACAAUAUCUGGCACUCAAUCGAAAUCCGAUGAAAUUCCGAAAGCUACAGUCAUUUUUCCUAAUAGUAAUGGUGAUGAUAAAAGUUUUGAUCAUACCAGUUCAUUAGAAGGCAUCAAACCGAAAAGCAAAUUAUUUGUGAAGCGUUUGUCGGCUGAUCAUUUGAUAUCCAGUGACACUAAGCCUUUAUACCGUUCCUCAUCUCCAGAGAGUGAUAGAAGUAGUUCGUUGGAUCGUAAAAGAAGGACUAAGUCUACCAUCACUCGGUCUGCUUCUCGUGCUGGCAGCACUGACAGCUUGGCUCGCAACUCACUUCUUGCUGCACAAGUGCUGCGGCUAAUUCCUACGCAGGAGGCUAGGGAAAGAAACUAUUUGUAUGGGAGGCUGGCCUCACAUUCCCUGCUGGGGGCUGCAGAGUUAGAACAUGUCUUUCCUGAUAGAGAGGUUAAAAUAUUUGUUGGAACAUGGAACAUGAAUGGACAGGCACCACCAAGGGAGUUGGCAGAUUUUAUAUUUCCCAGUCAAGUGAAACAUGUUCCAGACAUCUUUGCUAUUGGUACACAGGAAUCUUAUUCAGAACGAACUGAGUGGGAAAUAACUAUACAAGAAGUGUUGGGGCCAUCACAUCUAUUACUGCAUUCAUAUUAUUUGGGAACAUUACUCCUAACAAUAUUUAUAAGAAGAGAUCUGAUAUGGUUUUGUUCUCUUCCGGAAGACGCAAGUCUGUCAGUGCGGCCGGGCACCGCGUUCCGUACAAAAGGCGCUGUGGCGAUAUCCUUCGCGUUGUUUGGCUCCACAUUCUUAUUUGUAACUGCACAUCUCACCGCACACCAGGAGAAAGUCAAAGAAAGAGUUUCCGAUAUUAAAAGAAUCAUCAGAUCUAUAGAUUUACCUAAAAACUUACCUUGCAAGCAUAGAAGUAAAGAUGUAACAAAUAAUUUCGACUAUGUAUUUUGGUGCGGUGACCUUAAUUUCCGACUAGGAGAGCCCCGAGCCGCUGUACUGCGCUGGAUUGAACAAACCGAGUUCCCGCUGCCGGCGUACUUGCCGCACGGGCUGCUGCACGCCGACCAGCUGACCGCGGUGCUGGAGGACGGCGCCGCCUUCCGUGACUUUAGGGAGGCACCUAUCACCUUCCCACCAACUUAUAAAUACGACCCGGGCAGCCAGCAGUUCGACACGUCCAGCAAGCAGCGCGCGCCCGCGUACACCGACCGCAUUCUGUACAAGGCGCGCUCCCACACCGCGCACAGCUCCAACACCUCCUCCGCAUUCUCAGCAGGUCUGCGUCGCAUAAGCACUGCGGCGACUGGCGGUGGCGGUGGCGGGGGCGGCGCGGGCGCGGGCGCGGGGGCGGGGCUGCGCUGCGUGGCGUACAACUCCGCGCAAUCAGUGUGCACCAGCGACCAUAAGCCUGUGUGGGCGCUCUUCUCCGCCCCGCUGCGACCCGGCACUGACGUAGUGCCGCUGGCGGCGGGUCUGUUCAACAGGGAGGUGUACCUGGAGGGCAUCAAGCGGCGCCGCGCGCUGCUCGAGCACGCGCCCGGCACCUCCGCGGUAUGUGCCAUACAAUAGUCGUGUUCACUUUUAUGUUCUCAUUAAACUAGUCGACCAAAUACCAACAUAAUAGUGGUUAAAUACCCGUAUUGUAUUAUAAAAAUUACUUGAUCAGUAUUAAUUUGAAAAUAUGGAACUCAUAUAUUUGUAACGUUUAGUCAUUUUACCCCACGAAGGAAGCCAUACUUGUGUUUGUGUGCACACAUUACAAGUGCAUAUGUGUGCGUUACUGCAGCCAAUGAGAGCGCUCGGAUCACUGUGUGCGUAACGCACAUUUCUGUUUCUCGUGUGCAUUGUGACCAGGGGUGGCAAACCUUUCGAAUUAUCCAAUUGAUAUCUGAUUUGUAUUGAAUAUUAUUUUUGUUAUUGUUAUAUUUUUAUAGCAUAAGAGUGGCUCAUUU